GGCAAUUCAUAGAGAUCGGAUGUGUAUGUAUUUAUAGGGGUAAGUGAGAAGACUCAUGGAUAUCGAUCUGCGGGUGUAUUCAUAGGGGUGAGCGACCGCACGUUUGAGGGUGUGUACAGUGUACUGCGUUGUAAAAGAAAAAUCCACGUGCACAGUUAACAGCUCAAUUAAUUAAUCGCCCACACCGAAGCGCGCACCACGAAAGGCAGCGCCAGCGCCAGCGAGGCUGACCUGACCCGGACGGACGGACCCUGCCGUGUGGGGCCCGGAUCCCAGCGCGGAACACCAUAAUUUAGCAGCAGCGCCAGCGUCCCGAGCCUUGGCUCCACCCGGUAUCCCAACCCGAGGGAAUUGCGGAAUCCAACACCACCAAAUCCCCCAAAUUAACUCCACGCCAAGGAAACAAAACGCCCCCCCAAUUCCAGACGCCAACGCGAGGUCGACGAAGGCCACGUCUCCGACUCCGGCUCGAUUUCCACCCCCCCCAAAUCCUCCUCCGGCGAGCGGCCGGCCGCGAGACACCCCGGACUCUCCCGCGCGGCGAUUCUUCGGUACCCCGAUCGGAGGAGGAGGCGGCGGGGAGGGAGGAGGAGGAUGAGCUUCCAGGACCUGGAGGCGGGGAACGCCCGCGGGCUGCCGCGGAGGGGCGGUGGCGGCAGGGCGGGCGCCGCGGCCGCCGGGGCGGGGGCGUCGCAGGCCGUGGCGUCGGGGGUGUUCCAGAUCAACACGGCGGUGUCGACGUUCCAGCGGCUGGUCAACACGCUCGGCACGCCCAAGGACACCCCCGACCUCCGCGAGAGGAUACACAAGACACGUCAACACAUAACACAACUGGUGAAGGACACAUCGGAGAAGCUUAAACAAGCUAGCGAGGCUGAUCAUCGUGUCGAAGUCAGCGCCAGCAAAAAGAUUGCUGAUGCGAAGCUAGCAAAGGAUUUCCAAGCAGUUCUGAAAGAAUUUCAGAAAGCUCAACGGUUAGCGGUAGAAAGAGAAGCUGCUUAUGCACCCUUCAUUUCUCAAGCGGGCUUGCCACAAAGCUAUAACUCGAGCGAGGUGAACAAUGGUGCUGAUAAGUUGGCUGAGCAACGCACGGCGCUUCUAGAAUCAAGAAGGCAAGAAUUAGUCUUCUUGGAUAAUGAGAUCGUGUUCAAUGAGGCCGUCAUUGAGGAGAGGGAUCAGGGAAUACAAGAAAUUCAGCACCAAAUUACUGAAGUAAAUGAAAUCUUCAAAGAUCUUGCUGUUCUAGUCCACGAUCAAGGACAAAUGAUUGAUGACAUUGACACCCAUAUCGAGAAUGCUGUUAUAGCGACUACACAAGCAAAAGGCCAACUCUCUAAGGCUGCUAAAACUCAGAAGUCGAACUCUUCGCUGAUAUGCUUGUUGCUGGUUAUAUUCGGGGUGGUCCUGCUCAUAGUGAUAAUCGUCCUCGCAGCCUAGGCAGCAGCCUGGAAGAACAUGGGACUCCUAGAUCUGGUUGAGCUUAGAGCGAAGUAUUCCUUCCUGAUUUAAUUUUGCUGUGAAGUCGGGAAUGUAUCCUGAUCUCCUGCCUGGAGGAGGGGGUUGCGUUCUGGUCUUGUGCCAUGGUGGUGUAUGUGAUGAUGAAUGGUGUGUCUGGAAUGCAUGGUUUAUAUAUAAGUAAUUAAGUAUAAUCGCUUGGUGUCACUCUAGUGCCUCCUGCCUUGCUCGCUCGCCCCUGUUUAUAUCUUGUGAUGUAUCGUUGAGUGAGUGUUGUAAGAACGAGGAGUUUGGUCUUUGCAUUAUAAUAGUUGCUUAAGUUGGUCAGUAA